AUUAUCAUCUUAUUCAGGUUCUUAUCAACUCUUCUUCUCUGCAACUGCAUUAACUUUGACAAACCAAGCAAAUUCUCUUUACAAAAAGCUGAGAGAACCCCAUUUAUCAAUACUUGAAAAAAGAUGAAGUGGGGCAGAAAGAAACCAUCUUCAUCUGAUUCUUCUCGUUCUUUCUUAAUCUCUCAAGUUAUACCCAAUUCUUGGCUGACGAAGUUCAAGCAAAUGAGCAUCAACUCAGGCCAGAAACAUGCAAAGCAGAAAGUGAAGUGGAAUUCUGUGUAUACAAACUCCUCCCGCUGUUCUGGUGGCGGAGGUAAAUUUUAUGGAGGUGAUGGUGAUGCUUUUUGGAGGCUAUCGUUUGGAGAUGAGAGUCUUGAUGACAUGAAGAAUAGGAAUGUUUUGCGAUCAGUCAGGUAUAAUUCAGACGAUGAUCUUGGAUUGCCACCGUCAAGCUAUCAUAGAUCAAAAGCUUCAACUGUUAAUGGAAAUGAACAGGCUCAGAAGUUCUGUAACAUGGUUUCUCACGCGAGAACAAUCAGAGGAAUGCCAAAAGAAGAGGCUUUGACAGAAGCUAUAUGUACAAGGGAGAAGGUAGCAGAAAUCAGAACACCAAGGCUGAAAAUUGAAAAAGCUAAGAGAUUGAAGAAAGGAAAUCAAAGGGUUUUCGAAGAAAAACAAUUAGAACAAGAUGGAAGACCACAUGAAGCAGAAAGGAUUCCAAGAAAUGCAGAAGCGAAGAAUAUGUAUGAAACUGAACCUCGAAGAACAGGUGGGAUGGUUGAAAGGGAAGAUGUUAAGUUGGCAGCUGCUGAUUCAAGGAAAGAUUGCUACUUCUCUUCCAUGAAUUCAAGAGAUUCUUAUGGAAGAAAAGUUGAAGAUUGUGUUUUUGCAGCAGAGAAUAACAAUGUUGGAAUUUCUGCAGAGGAGUUUAGCUUUCAGUGGCAGAAAUUGAAAGAAAAGAAGAUUGAAGGGCUCAAGACAAGAGGUGAAGAACAGAGGAAAUCUCUGUACAUAAGCAGGGAGUUGCAGAGGAAAAGACCAAAGCACAACAGCAAAGUAAGAGUUUAUUCUCCAAGAACAGCUUCAAAAGCCGAAAUCUGCAAAAUAAAAGCUCUGGAGGACAUGAAGAAAGCCAAAUUGAAAAUGAAAAAGAAGGCAAAGGAAAAACAAAUGGAGGAAUUCAAGGGUUUAGAGAGCUUUGCCGUGGUGAAAUGUUCAUAUGAUCCCCAGAAGGACUUCAGAGAUUCAAUGAUUGAGAUGAUUAAAGAGCAGAGGAUUAGGCAGCCAGAAGAGCUUGAAGAACUCUUGGCAUGCUAUCUGACAUUGAAUUCUGAUGAGUACCACGAUCUCAUCAUAAGGGUAUUCCGGCAAGUAUGGUUCGACCUGAACCGAGCUUGUUUCCAUAGUGAAUUCGAUAAUGAAGAGGGUUACUAGGGAUUAACGA